AUGCUGGUCACUGACCAUCACUGCAUUGCUGUAAGGCCACCUAUAUACAAUGUAAGUUCAACUUUGUCAAUAAAGGACACUGUUGGCGAACUAAAGUUGGGAGAACCUUUCACGGUCAACCUUUCACAGUCAUUGUACGGCCACACACAGGCCUUGCUAUAUAAUCUUGUCUACCCCAUGAGAUUCUCAAGACCAUGCUUGAAGAAAACCGCAACCCAACCCGAGAACGUAACCCAAUCCGGCUUCCCAAAACCAACGUUUUUAUUGUCGAUGUCUUCCUCAAAGUCCCCCACCACCGCACUCGCUAAUACACCGCACCUACCAGAUGAAAUCAAAUUCAAGAUUCUCAAGGAGUUGUUCGAUGAUUCAGUUCUUAGGGGUUCAGAGUUCCUGAGGUUUGAGAGAAAGUGGGCAGACUCCCUACUCAAACUGCCUGGCUGGGCUCACUUGGUCCCAGAGGCGGUAUAUGGCGACAAAAGGGUAAUCCUUGAGAUGAUGUUCAAAGACUUCACGGAACCAGAUAGGAGGGCCAUAUACGUGUUCCCGUAUCCGCCGCCCCUUGCCGCUCAACAUAUCCGCAUACUGCAGCUCCGCUUCAAUGGCUACACGGGCAUCUCGGACCAUUCUAGGGUCCCGGCUGCAAUGGUGAGAUUCCUGCGAAGACUCCAGGCAGGGCAGCUGGGGUUUGAUAACCUCGAGCUGCUUCGUGUGGUUGUCAAUCAUGGCGUCGAGCUGCCAAAGAAGAGAGGAUUUCAUAGGAAAUUCGUAAGGGACUUCUCUAGACUGCGCCCAUUCCACUUCGAAGCGGACAAGUUGGAGGUUGAGAUGAAUUACCACAUUUGUGAAAAUUCAUGUUAUAUGUAUAGAGAUCGUCUCAUCUGCGAAUUGAUCGCGCGGCUGAGAGCCCAACUCACCGACGGACACAAUUCGUGGGACGACCCUGAAACGGAAACUGGCGCUUCCCAUGAGGACGAGGAGGAAGCAUAA